GAGUGGGCGUGGUCGGAUCCUCACGUAGCUCCUUCUUCGGUUUCUUCUCCGUGAGUGAGGCCGACUUCUAGUGGAGUAAACGCCGCCAAGUGAUCGGGGGAAAAAAAUACCAGUCGAGAGUAUAAACCAAAACUAUCAUCAAAAGCUGGUAAGAUCUGAAAUGUUGAUACAUGUUUUAGUCGUUCACGGUGAUAUUUGAACGCUCUGUAAAGUGCGGCGGGCUGCCAUGCUGCUCCGCGGCCCGUGCUGCAGCCGUUGAUUAGCCGCGGUGGCUAACGUUAGCCUCCGUGGGCCUGUUGGCAGGCCGCUGGGGUUUAAGCGCGGGGACAGAAACACGAAUAUCUGACGCUCUCCAAAAUAAGAGGACGGUGCUUAACGUUAGCUUAACCUCCAAAGACUGCCGCCAACCUUAUCCACGUCGUGUAACGCGAGUUUGUUUGUUUUAUUCGUGUUUUUAUUGCGCUGUAGAGUAUUUGUGCGCCGUGUAUUCCUGACAUUGUUGAGCGUAUGUUAAAAGAGGGAGGGAAGGUUAGCAUGCUAAAGCCGCUCAUGCUAGCCAGGCCUCUGCACGCUUCAGAGGGAGGCAGCAGCUCCUCCUGAAUGACCCUGCUGUUGUGUCGACGUGGAAUAAAAGCACAGGUGUGUUAUUGAAAGUGUGUUUGUGCUUGCAAUAUUCCACGUCCAGUUAACCCUGUGUAUUUUUUAUGUAGAGCUUAUUACAGACCUCACCUUUAGAUGUAUGACAGUGAACAGCUCUGUCCGGGCGGAACACAUUGUAGUAUCAACAAAUAACCACCUUUUCAUUCGCGUUAUAUCAUUGAGGCUUCACGCCUUUUAUUUGCACAUUACUUAAAAUAUACGGUGGCCGAGAACCGCCAUUGCUGCAAAUAAAAACAUAAUGCAAAAAAAAGAGAGAAAAGAAACCGAUGCCCACUGAAAAUAAAAAAGAAACGGUGCAGAUAAAAAAGGCUACAGCAAGUUAACGAUGCCAAAAAAAAGUGGCAAUGGAAAAAUGAAAAUGAAAUUAAAGGGAUGCAAAUUAAAAAAACAAAAAAAACAAUGGAAGUGAGCUGCCAGGGACCAAUAAUGAUGACGCACUGGUGUUAUACCAUCUAUGCACAGAAGACGAGCAAAGAAGUUAGUGGAAAGGUUAUUGUUUAUUUCGCUUCGUAAACUUUUCAAUGUGUCAUUCGGUCAGGCCAUGUAGCACCCGAGAUGUGUUUUAUUUUUGUAUUUUUUUUUGAUCAGUAACUUUUAUUGUGGUUUCCUUUUUUUUGCAUUCUUAUUAUUUGCAGCAGCGGCAGUUCUCGGCCACCUUAAAUCUGAUAUUAUGGUCACAAUCAUUCUGCAGAGCAAGAACAUUUGUCUCUGUUUCUCCUGAGACGUCAGCUGGUAUUAGGUGAUUCAUCAGGCGUUUGUUUUCUUUGUACCAUGUUGAUUUAUUUGGUUCAUUAAUAGAAUUCUGCAUAUUAAUUCACUGUUGGAUUUGUCUUUAUUCCCACCCAGCCUCCGGAGCAGUGAAGUGUCUUCAUGGCAGUUCGGAGAGGACACAUUAAGUACUUAAAAGUGAGUAUUUAAAAAAAUUCUCUCAUAGCAGGGACUGCUGUCGUGUUUUACUGUAUGGGUAUACUGUUGUAACAGGGAGUGUGACACUGACUUUUUUCAGAAGAAGCACAUCGGCAUCUAAGUUAAAUUGAUCAAUUUUUGUCUUUUUUGAUGACGUAAGUACUAUUAUUUGCCUUUAAAUUGAACACUAAAAUUUUUAGAGGCCAAAUCAGGGAAAUAAAGAGGUGUGUUCUAUUGGUGGAUAUACGUACUAUCAAUCAAUUUCAGGUCAAUUGGUCACAUGACAUGCAAGUUAUUGAAGGAAAGCGGCCUUUUUUGAGAACAUCAACCAGUUAUUUAUUGAUGGUCCCUUAUUCAACACCUAAUGUUGACAGCGUGGGUGUCGAGUAGAUUUAACCACGCUGUUGUUGCAAUGGAUAGUUGAGUAGACACACCGGUACAUCCACAGUGAAUGUCCUUAGGAUAUCAAACUUAAAACUAACUUUGCUGUGGUAUUUACAUGAAAAAACAUUUGUUGCCUUUCUUAUGCGCACAUGUCCCUCUAACUACAUUUUACAAUUCGCACACAUCUAUUUUUAGUCGCAAAUGCGAGUGAAACAGUCGCACUGUCGAGCCCUGUGUAAGUUAGUGCAUAGGAUGACAUUGCAGUCAUCUGUUGUUAUUAUACUUCAACUAAUGGCUCAGUACUCUGUAAAAGGGCAAAAGCAUUAAGAGAAAUCAAUGACACAGCCUGAUGCCAGCUCCCACUCGCUAUGACUGUGUUUACUGGUUGAAACACGACUCUCAUUCAUCCUCCCAGGCAGCGUAUCCUACCCACCAGAAUGCACAAUUACAACCCUUCUCUUGCAUGAAUGGUCCACUGUCAGAUUGACCGCUGAACUGGUUCCCUUUUCAUGCCUGAUCCCAUUUCAGCCGCCGGUAUAUUCGUCCGACAGGACACGCUCCACUAAAUUGUUUUGAAAUCGGCCUGUAGUCUUAUUGGUGAUACUUUAAUUGCUAAUCUCAAAGUCUUUAGACCGGGUACCAGACAUCAGACCACCAUGUGACCAAGAUAAGCCAGGGGUAAAGAAUCCAUCGUUUUAGCGUUUGAAGCUCCGUUGUUUAAGCUUUUACAACAAGACCAAUAUAGUGCCUAAAUCCUGUCGCAUGUUACUAUUGUGUGGGUUUGUAAUACAUAUAACUCUACUUUCUUUGAAAACUAAUAGAGCUGCAUGAGUUUUCUCCACCAAGAAGUACCAGGAACUUUUGAACAAAGAAAAAAAAAUCUCUUUCCAGGGCUCGAAAGUGCAACCGUUUCACUUGCAUGUGCGACUAAAAAUAGAUCUGUGUGAAUUGUAAAAUGUAAAAAAAAUUUGCCAAGGCAGCAAAUGUUUUUUCAUCAUCAUCUAAAAAAUGUUUUUGUUAAAUUUAAAGGCAAAUUUUGAACAUUUUCUUCAAUAGCUUCCACAUCAUGUGACCAAAAGACCUAAGAUUAAUUUCAAAUAAUAGUACUCAUGUUGACCAAUGAGACACACAUUAUUUGAUCAAUUUUCAUUGUGCCCCUUAAGGUCUUUGUGUGCUCCUUGUGAAAAAAAGUUAGUGUCAAGCCCUGCAGGAACUUUUGAAGGAAAAAGAAAAAAAAUCCCCCUCUUAUGUAAUUUGAAAACUAGCUUCAAUUGAGAAAAAAAGUCUAUAGUAUCAAUACCCAAGUCCUAUGUGAUGUAUUGAAACUUUAAGAAAAUUAGGUUAAAAAAAACAGUCAUAGACCAUCCAUGGAUUUUUACUAUGGUUGGUUGUUUUUUUCCUACCCUUGCAUGUUGCCGUGUGUUUACCUUCCUCUUUGUUUCUCGGCCCACCUGGCUGAACUGCAGGAGGUGUAUGACAUGUCGAACGGAUACGAAGACCACAUGGGAGGGGACGAGGGGAAAGACGCCAAAACCAACUUGAUUGUGAACUACCUGCCUCAGAGCAUGACGCAGGACGAGCUGCGGAGCCUCUUCAGCAGCAUCGGGGAGGUGGAGUCCGCCAAGCUGAUCCGGGACAAAGUCGCAGGUACGCCGCGCUCUGAAGGGAUCAGGCAUCAUUUGACAAUUCAACCCAACACAUGAACUCAAGAUUUUUGACGGAUUUGUGUUACAGCCUUAGCUAAAGUAGUCCUGACUCUAGCCUCUCACUGCAGCAGUGGUGGUUUGCUCUCAGGCUCCACUGGUCCCUGGUAAUUUUGUGAUGUAAUUUUUUAUUUCUAAAGAUUUCCCAAAUUGAAAACUUUGGACCACCAUGAAUCUGUUUUUAUUCAUUCCAAACAGUCCAACCCUGUUGAUCCAUAGACAGUCUGUUUGUUUAUUUGUUUAGACUAGCAUGCAAUGUUAAUAUUUGUUUUGUUUUUAGAGAUUUAUUUGUUUGCAGAUUUUUUUUAACUUUACACCGUUUUUUUGUUUUAUUUUAUUGUUUUCCUUUUUUUUUCUCUAGGCCACAGUUUAGGGUACGGAUUUGUUAACUAUCUUAACCCUAGUGAUGCAGAAAGAGCUAUCAGUACACUGAAUGGACUAAGGCUACAGUCCAAAACUAUCAAGGUAACGUGCAAUAAGGUGUUCUACAAUUCUCAAACCAAAGAUGUCAUGUCAUAUAACUCUCCUGUGGCUCCUGUGCUGUCCGCUAACUAGCUAGUACAUGUCAGCCCAAGGAAGUGAUACUGCUUUACAGCUCACUUAAUGCCCUACCUGACAUGUCUGUUGAGUUUGACUUAAAUUUUACUUGUUUUAUUUGCGCAUCUGUCCAGUUAAAUGUAUUUAUUUUCCAAGAGUACCUCCUUUCAGUAAGCUUACUUUCACUUUUUCGUUUUCUUGUUUUGUAGUGUUCAUGUAUGCUUCCGACAACAUUCAUUCUGACUGAAGACUUUAUACCUAAAACCUCUGAAGUGACUCUGAUUGAUAUUUUUUUUCUGUGUAGUUUAAGAUAUUAACUUCUAAAGCACUGAUGUAAUGACGUUUAAAAAUCCAAACACAUAGCUUUUUUAGUCAGAUUCAGACUUUUUUGUACUUUUCAAAGCUGUUUUUGUCUAUCGGUGGUUUUGAUUUUGAAACUGUUGCUUCCUUUUUACCAGGUUUCAUUUGCACGGCCGAGCUCUGAUACAAUAAAAGAUGCCAACCUGUAUAUCAGCGGCCUGCCAAAGUCCAUGACCCAGAAGGAUGUGGAGGAUAUGUUUUCUCGAUACGGACACAUCAUUAACUCGCGGGUACUCGUUGAUCAGGCCACAGGUACAACAGGUUAAUGACUUCCUUGCUUUCAAAAAUACCCCACUCAUAACAUAUUAGAAACACAGCAGAACCCUGGUGCUCGAUGCGGAGUAGGUAGUCAACGGCUGCUCCCCCCCCAUGUGCGUAGGUGUGUCCCGUGGGGUGGCCUUCAUCCGAUUCGACAAGCGGGCGGAGGCGGAGGAAGCCGUCAAAAACCUGAACGGCCAAAAGCCACCCGGAGCCUCCGAGCCGAUCACGGUGAAAUUCGCCGCCAACCCGAACCAGGUGAAGAACACGCAGCUCAUCUCUCAGCUCUACCACAACCAAUCCCGACGCUUUGGGGGGCCCUUACACCACCAGGCACAGCGGUUCAGGUGAGCAGAGUCGCCGUGUAUUAGUGACCAUGUGGUUAAAUCUGGGAAAUAAGCAGAGGUGGGGGGAAAGUCCUUAUGUUGCAAGUCCAAGUCGAGUCGCAAGUCUUUGCUCUCAAGUCCGAGGCAAGUCCAAGUCCUGAACUUUCUGCUACAAGUCCCAACCAAGUCAAAAACGAGUCAUAUCAAAGCCAUAAACCAUAGUGCAACUUUAACCAAACUAUUUUACAUGUCAUCCAAAAAUAAUCAGACAAACUUCAAUAAUUAGAAACUUAGACAAUGUGCACAGAAAUAAGGAAGACUCAAAUACAAUUAAACAUUAAACUGAUUCUCUAAUUCGUGUUACCAACGGCCGUAAUUCCUGACUAUUAGUUGAUGCGACACUUUUUAAACAAUUUGGGCUUGCUGUAAGGUAUUAAGUGACUUGAAAAGACUUGACUUGACUUUUCAAGUCACUGGGCUCAAGUCAAGUCUCAAGUCUUUAGCAAUCAAGUCCCAAGCGAGUCCAAGUCAUUUCUUGAUUUCAUCAAGCAAGUCAAAAAUGUGACUCAAGUCCAAGUCGAGUCUCAAGUGGAGUCGUCAAGCCCCCACCUCUGGAAAUAAGUACAACAGUAUUGGCUACAGAAAGAAUAGGUAGAGAUUAAACAUAAGCGUUUGGGGAGAAGUUUACCAAGCAUUUUUACUUCCAGGUUCUCCCCCAUGGGUGUUGAUCACAUGGGUGGCAUGGGGGGCGUCAGCGUCCCCGGUAACUCCACCUCAGGCUGGUGCAUCUUCAUCUACAACCUGGGCCAGGACGCAGACGAAAGCAUCCUGUGGCAGAUGUUCGGCCCGUUCGGCGCGGUCACCAACGUCAAGGUGAUCCGAGACUUCAACACCAACAAGUGCAAGGGGUUCGGCUUCGUCACCAUGACGAACUACGAGGAGGCGGCCAUGGCCAUCGCCAGCCUGAACGGCUACCGGCUGGGAGACAAGAUCCUACAAGUGUCCUUCAAGACCAGCAAGGGCCACAAGUAGAGAGAGAGAGAGAGCUGGACAAUCAGGUGUGGAGGAGGGACUGUGCUUGGCUUUGGUUGCAGAGAGCAGAGUUAUGAGGUUGAGGAGUCUGGCACAUUUGUUUGGGUUUUAGUUCAUCAUGAGUUGACUCAUCUGCACCUUUGUUACUCGUCUGAAAGAGUUUUUUUUUGUUUGUUUUUCAUCUUUUUACUCAUGCUUGGGGCUUAAGGAAAUUGAGGAGUUUCUUUUUUUUUCUUUCUUUUUGUUUUUUUGUUUUUUUAGCCAGGGGAUGGAGAAUGAAAUUCCAUGAAACCCCCCCAAGUAAACUUUUGAAAUUGACCUAAAAACUAAAAUACUGUCCAUGUGUGUUGCAUGUUGAAUUGUGGGGAGAUUAGAUUAAGGAGGCAAGUGGUUUUUAAGCAGUGCACUGAAAUGUGAAAUACGAGAACACGAGGGAAGGCCCUGCACGUAUAUUUCUUAACAUUUUACUGUAAAGCAGGAGAGGAGUGGUAUUUGAGGCGGGUUCAUUUUCAAGAAAUCAGUGCUCUGUUCUGGAUCCUCAACAUCAGUAGAAAUAGAUGCCUUAAUUUAUCAUCCAGCGGACACAUAAACUUGCAAUACCACUCACUGUCUUUAGUCGAAGAGCUAAGCACUUUCCUUAUUCUGUUUUAGGUUACCAUGGAUAUCAGUCAGUUUAUUUUUUUUCUCUUUUCCUCUCUUUAUUGUUAACCUGACUUUAUUUUAAACUCCCACUGGUUUAUCAGUUUUAAGUGUGACAAGCUCUGGAGGGAGAUUUUAUUUAACGAGUCUUGUAUCAAGUGGCUUUUAUAAAGUUGUGUUUCAGCGGAGUCCUGUUGAAUAUGAGCCCCAGUCAAAGAGGAGGAAAUUGUGGUGGACCAAAGGCAGGCAGGGAGGGAUAUGAUCCAAAAGAGGAGAUUUUUCACAAGGUCAAUUUGAACCUUUUUGGACUUUUAUUUUUGGUAGUUGCUGUUGUUGUUGUUGUUGUUGAAGAGGUACUAAGUCUAUAUCUAAUCCUUACUUAGAUCAACAUCUCUGGCUUAGCUUGUCGUUCUGUUUUGUUUUUGUUUUGUUUCCUUAACUUUUCGAUUUGUUUUCUUUUGAUUUGCUUUCUUCUUUCUGAAAGAUUUAGGUUUUUAUUUGUCUUAGUGUUCAUUACAAACUUGUUUAAACGAGUGCUUAUCUCAGAUUCUGAGAGGAAUUAAUGGCCUUUGUUAGUGAUUUCAGUUUACUUUUUUUCUUUCUCUUUGUUUUGUUUUGUUUAACUUUGAGCAUAAACCAUUAAAUUUUCUUUCUUUUUGCUGAACGUUUUUUGUUUGGUUUGUUUCUUUGUUUUUUUUUUUAAAUUUCACAUUUUUAGUUUUGUUCUGUAAUUUUUUCUGGGAGCAGUGCCGUUAAGAGAUCCCUAUCUGAGCAAAAAAAAAAAAAAAAAAAAAAACAGGCUGUUGGAGGAUUAUAUGCUUCCAAAGGAGGCCGUGAAACGUUUGAGACAGACUUAAAUUUUUAAGAUUCUCAAUGUUAGGACCAAUUUCAGUUGAUUAAGUUAUUCAGACACUAAAAAAGAAAGAGACGGUCUGGAAGACAUUUCAUAAACUUUUCUGAGGUUAAACCACUGAUGAGUAACAUAAACAUUAAGUCAUAGCUGUACUGUGUUUUCACUUUCGGUACUGUCAUCUUCUCAACACUUGUAACUUGAAUGUAAGGCUUAUUUAUUGACAUUUAGGUAAGAAAAUAUCCUUUUUUUAAGUCCUAGUAUUUGGAGCGAAAACAGACAUGAUAAAAUGUGAUUAGUCUGCUUCAGCAGUUUGUGUAAAGUGAAGCUAGAUUUCUUGUGCAUCAGUAGUGUUCGAUAUUUAAACACUGCAAGUAAGUAUAUACGGUUCACUUGCAGAUUUAGGCUUUUAGAACCAAACCCAUUCAUUUUCUGCUCUUCUUAUGAUAGAAAGUAUGUUUAUAUGUUCAAGACUUCACUUUGUUCUGUUAGAAAGGUAUUUCCACAAUCCAGGAAAAGUCAUUGACAUAUCAGAGCUUCUCUUUUUACAGUGAAACUGAGGUAGGGUGUCUUUCUUUCCGAGGUGGAUGAGGCGUCGGUGCUCAGUGUGUCCAAGACUUCAGCGAAGAAGCCACCUCACACGAAAUUUCAAACCUUUUUCCCCUUCAAUCUGUGUGACCCAUCUGUAAGGAGCUUUCCAGUUCUAAGCUUCAGAUUUCAAAACCUGAAAGUGCUUUUUGAUUUAGUAUUUUACUGUUUUUUCUCUGUCAUGAUCUUUAACUUUGUGCAAUAUUUCCUAACUUGUUAAAAGCAGGUAAUAGAAACCUGUUGUCUUGGACUGUCAUCUUUUUUUAUCAUUUCUUUUUUUUCUACUGACAUAGUGUAACUGCCUAGUUGUCUAAGAAACCUUGUUGUAAUUGCAUGAAAGAUGCAAGUGAAUUUGUUUUAGGGGCAGUCUGAAAAAACUGCAUUCUGCCUUAAUUUAUAAGUGGAAAUGAUGUUCUCGACAUCGGCGGAGGCACAGUAUUUAUUUGAUAAUGUAUGCGUUUGUUCAUACUUGUUACUUAUUGGAGUGUUUUUAAUGGAUUUAGUUUUGUUCUUUUGCUUUUGAAGGAAACUCGAGUCCGUUAAAUGUCUUCUAACAUUGGAUCAUUUCAAUAAAAACAUGGUGGC